AUGAUGCCCACAAUUGCACCAACGCCAGGGCAGCCUUCUACUUCCGGUCCCCAGCACUACCAACAUCCGUGUUUUGCCUUCCGAAAAGAACGGGACGGCCUUUUCCCUGCCGAUCAUUGCAUCAAAAUUAACGGAAAAAGAAUGGACGACCCGACCCAAACGAUGAUGGUCCGAACGUGUGCCGUCGACUCGGGCUCGUUGACGGCUGAUACGGAAAUCGUCCGAAUAUCACACUGCGGCUCCUUCAAAUAUGAGCAUCAGUACUACGAUGGCUGCGUACAGGCCUGCGACACCGAUGGCUGCAACUCCGCCCCAGCGCUGCACACGCUACAACGAUUGUCUAUUUUUGUAGCGCUUCUAUUCACGAUUUUACUA